AUGGCAAGUCAAAGUAGCAAGGAAGAUAAGGCCGAAAGGAGUUCUCAAGGGGAGGCUGUAUCAGAGACACAAUUCGCCAUACCUGACUUGCCAGCGUCCGCCCUUCGAAAAACUGAAGUCGAAAAUGUGGUUUCCAGCCCGUCCGAGUUUGAGGAGGAGACAUCUCCACCUCAAGCCAGAUCAGGACCACCGCCGAAAUAUCCACCUUUACAGUACGAAACACCGGAGUGGUCCAGUGCCCCAGGGGAAGAGCGAUACUUUGAGGUUCUGAAGAACGGCCAGAUCCUAUCGAAAAGUGGAGCCAUCACGAAGGCAUUUCUGAUUGUGGGAAGAUUACCGAUAUGUGACAUCGAAUUGGAGCAUGCGAGCAUAUCACGAUAUCAUGCUAUCAUACAAUUCAAGCUGGAUGGUUCGGCGUACGUCUACGAUCUCGGGAGUACACAUGGCACAUUUGUGAACAAGAAAGAGGUUCCAAAACGAACAUACGAACCCCUGCGAAUAGGAGACAUGCUAAGGUUUGGAGCCAGCUCGCGCAUCUAUAUUCUAAAUGGUACGGCGCCAGAGGAGCUGGAGGAGGACGAGGAGACAGCCGCUCCACCACAGCGCUUGUUCUCUAGACCGCCGCCGCCGCCGGCCAUCAAAUCGGAAGUCACCUGGGGCUUUGGAGAAGACGCCGUAGAAGACGAAAACGAAGAAGAGCACCAGGACAUGGAUCUCCCGGACACCGAAACACCAGUAGACGAGUCGGCAUACUAUCAUUCCGAUCCGCGCAAAGCACUCCGUAUCUGGCUCGAAGGUCGUGGCGCAGAUAUGAUCUUCCAGAUGGAGGAAGAAGGCCCGGGGCAUAAUCGCGCGUACACAGCAAAGAUCGAGCUGCCGGUUGAGACGGAGUAUGGAACUCCUCUGCAGGCGGUUGGAUUGGGUCAUCGGAAACGGGCAGCCGAAAACGACGCCGCUUUGAAUGCUUGUGUCAUGUUGGAUAAGAGAGGGCUGUUGAGGGGUGGACGGUCGGAGCAGGUUCAAAAAGAGCGAAAGAGAAGAAAGGAAGUAUUCGGCGACGACGAUGACGACGAUGAUGCAUUUUAUGAUCGGACUUCUAAAUCGUCAACCACACGAAAGGCAAAGGCAGCGGCCGGCGAAAGCGCACCGGAGACCUUCGAAUCCCUGUCGAAGAAACGUGAGGAAAAGAUGCUCGAGAUUCAAGCUAUUCAGGCCGAGAUUGAUCGUAACGAUAAUGAUGGAGAAACGCAAGAAGAAGAUGAGAUCGACGAGUUUAUGAGUUCUCUCCGCCGGAAGGAGGCACAACAAGCGAAGGAUGCCCUACGAAGGAAAAUCCCGCCAUUACGAAAGGAACUCGAUCGGCUUGAUAAACUCAUUAAACUAGUCGCGCCGACGGGUGCCGCGAUUCCUCUCCCAAUUCCGCUCUCACAACCACGGACAGAGGCCGAAGACGAUAGCGCGUAUGGAUUGAAGGUACCGGCAAAGGUUUUAAAGAAGGUUUCUGAGCCUUCAAGGAAGCGGCAACGAUCACCGGAACGAGAGCCGCCGAAAGCGCAUCCGUUAGCACAGCUGCUUCAGGAAUCCACUGCUGACACCGUAGUUGGAGACUCGACGGUGAAAACUGGCAAAUCAUCGAAAAGUAAGGGCCCGGACGCAACACAAGCAGACCCGAGCCCAUUGGCAACACCUGAAGAGGACGAACUGGUGGAUCCGCCCGCUGCCGCAGAAGCGAAAGCGAAGCGGACACGGCGAACCUACGGUGUCAUGACGGCUUCUCAAGCCAAGGCGCACGACUCGGUGGAGACGGAGGCGAUGGUCGAUUCGCUGCUUGGUGACAAGGAGGACAAAGAAGCCGUAGCGAAAAUGAACGCCCAGUAUGGGUAUUGACACAAACGCCAACCGCGUGUGCGAUGAGAUGCGGCGGUACAUGGAGGAUUUUUAGUGGGUAGCUUUGGAUACGUAGAGCUUCGCAGUUUUUAUUAGUUUACACCUUUCUUCAUGGAAGUAUCC